UGGCAAAAAUCAAAAAUAAUUGAAUAUUUUUGCAUACGGCAGCAGCAACAAUUCUUUUUUGGCCUUUAAGUGAUUCUUUAAGUUUUGCAAAUAAAUUAUACUUAUGAAAUCUGUAUAGCGAAAAAAGUGAAGUACUUUUGCAAUAGGUUUUAUGUCGAUUUUAUCUAAACAAAAUAUUAUAAGAUAUCAAAAACCAUUGUGAAAGUGGCUUCGUCUCAAAGAAAAAACCUGCACAAAAAUCGAUAAGACUUGCUAGGAGAACUAAAAGUAAUUAAAUUUAGCAAAAUAAUUAAGUAAUUAAUUUGUAUGUAUAAAUAAACAACAUAAAGUGUUUUAAUAAUAAAAUAAUAAAAAAAUGUCAAAGGGUGCUCGAACAUAAUCAAUUUGAUUUAAUCCAUUUUUAUGCUUUUGCAUUUAUCCAAAAAGCAUUCAAGGAGAAAAAACUAAGUUGGAUUUAAUCAUAAUUGGCUAUAAAAACGAGUUAUCCCAUAAGCUACGUAAUUUUAAUUUAUAGUAGUAAAUAAAUAAAGACAAAAAGGAAAUUGUUAGUUUUUAAGUUUUUUUCUGGAUAUUCAAACAAAAUAAUGGAGGCCCCGGAAGCAAACAAUAAGAAACAAGCGGCUAGCUCUGAUAUGGCUGGGCCGGAGAGUAAGAAAAUCAAAUUACAAACAUUAACAUCUUCAGCAAUGGAUGAUCAUGCCAAGGCUAUGAAAGUGGCUGGUUUUUCUCUGAGCGCCAUUGAAGAAAUGCGCAAUCGUGCUGACGACGAUAGCAAUAGUCAAAGUUUAGAUCAACAGCUGCGUCAUUUUCAAGUACUCGAUGAAGUUGGCUCUAAUUCUGACGAUGAGGAAGAGUAUAAUGGCAGCGAAAUUGGCGAUGACAAUGGUCAACAGAAUGGCGAAGAUGAUGGUGGAGAUGAAUCAUCCGAAUUGGAUUUAGAUGAUGAAGAAAUUGAACAUUUGCUAGAUGAAAAUUUACCAGACGAUUUAAAGGGUUCCAAGAAACCUAAAUAUGAAGAACGUUUUAAAACCGUUUUAGAAGAAAAACGCAUAAAUCAUUUUGAAGUACUGCCAGAAGGAUGGGUACAAGUCACACACAACAGUGGCAUGCCGUUGUAUUUACACAAAAAGACUAGAGUUAUAACCACAGCUAGGCCAUAUUUUUUGGGUACCGGAAGUGCCAGGAAACAUGCCAUACCAGUGGGUUCAAUACCGUGUCUUAACUAUCGGCGAGCUUUAGAUGAGGAAAUAGAAGCUGAAAAAAGAAAAGCAGAAAAUGCUGAAAAUGAAGCAAAUCAAACAGAAGUUACAUCCACAGAAGUAACUACUUCUUCCUCCACUACGACAGCUACCUCUAACCCAGCACCAGCACGUUGCCCUUUUGGUUUUACUGCUAAUACUAACGCUAGCUCUAACACACAACCACCCACAGCUACUUCUUCAACAGAAGCCACAACACUGACAAAUACUCUGGCAGAACAAAAUGGUAAUAAAGAAAAUUCUACUGAUACCACCACAACUCAAGCUAGCUCAACAAAUCCCCUUGACAAAGAUAAACUACGUAGCUUAGUACCAGCUGCCAAAAUUGUCACUGUCAAUGAGAAUAUACAAAAGGAAUCUCUUACACCCGAUCAAUUUAAUCAAUAUUGCAAAAAACUCUUUAAAUUUCGUGUUAUACGCGUUUUACGUUUUCGUUCGUGGAAUGCUAGACGUAAAUUUACUAAAAAUCGCAAGAAUCUUAAAAAUAUCCAAAGACCUACUCUACCCGAUGGCACAAAACUCAUUAAAUUUCCUGUUCUAGUACCUGGUGAUGGUAAAUCGAAUCCACGCGCUCGUCGAGAAUGGAUUAUGAAUCCAAGUGGUAAAAGUUAUGUUUGUAUAUUGCAUGAGUACGUACAGCAUGCUUUAAAGAAACAACCCACUUAUGAGUUUAAAGAAUUGGAAAAUGCUGCCACACCAUAUGCUGCCACUGUUUCAAUAAAUGAUUUAAAAUAUGGUACUGGUUAUGGUACUAGUAAACGACAGGCUAAAUCUGAGGCAGCGCGAGAAACACUUGAAAUUCUAAUACCCGAAAUGAAGGAUAAAAUAACGGGUGUGAAACAGGAUAAAAGUGCGGUGGCGAAAAGUAAUCAAAAAGAUUUAUCGGUCUUCGACGAUAUACGAAUAGAAGAUCCUCGCGUUACAGAGUUUUGUAAUAAAACCACAGAACCUUCUCCACAUGCCAUACUCUUGACUUGUUUGCAACGAAACUUUGGCUUAGGCGAAGAUGUGCAAAUAAAUUAUGAAAUAAAUCGUACACACAACAAAAAGAACGAAUUCACCAUGACUGUGGGAAAACACACCGCAAAAGUUUUAUGUAAAAAUAAACGUGAAGGUAAACAGCUAGCCUCCCAAGCCAUACUACAGAUUUUACAUCCACACAUUAAAACUUGGGGUUCUCUGUUACGUCUGUAUGGCAAUAAUUCCAUUAAAACGUUUAAAGAAAAGAAACAAGAAGAACAAGAAAUUACUGUUUUACAAAGUAAAGCUGCCAUUAAUCAACCAAAUCAUGCCAUAUUGGAGAAAUUACGCAGUGAAAUGUUAAAAUUAAGUGAAAAGAAUAAAUCGGUACAGAGUAAAGGAACAUUUAUACCACCCAGUGAUGUUGAUUUACCCUCAUCAUCUGGUUCAAAUCUUAAUAACGUUGAACUCUAGAAGCAAACAAUGACACUAAAGUUUACUAUAGCUAUGACUAAAAACAAUAGUCGAGAAGACUUAGCCAUUACAAGAAAUUUUAUGAAUGAAAAUCCUAAUUAAUCCUCUUUCAUUAGUUUAAAUAUUUUAUUAUUGAUAAUGUGCUUAAUGAACUACAACAACAACAAUAAAUUGUGAUUACUAUUAAAUUUACACAUAUUAUUGUUAAAAAAAAGUUUAUUUCUUUUAUUUUCAAAAUAUUUUAUGGAAAUAAUUUUUAGCUAUUCCAAACUAUUCUGUAAUAUUUAUAACAAUGUAGUACAUAAUUUACUUAAA